AUGGCACCAGAGGCUUUGGCAGAGGACAAGCAAGACGCAGAUUCCCUGCUGUCUCCGCAGAAUGUCUGUUUGGAAUCCCUCCUCUCCUACGCUCGGGAAGCUGCCAACUUUGCCACCAAGUACCAGCUUCCCCAUCUGGAAUUUGCCAAGAAUCACCGCGGGGAGCCGGAUGUGGCCAUGUUUGACUUCACCUGCAUGUACCGGUCAGAGAAUGCCGCGCUGGUGAAGGAACGGCACGGACACCGGUUACUGGUCGCCCUGGUGGGAGACUGCCUGGUGGAGCCCUUCUGGCCAUUAGGGACUGGCAUUGCACGUGGAUUCCUUGCAGCUUUUGAUGCUGCGUGGUUAGUACGGAAGUGGAGUAUGGGAAUUCCCCCUCUGGAGCUCCUGGCUGAGAGGGAGAGCAUCUACCAGCUGCUGUCACAGACUACACCCGAAAACACAAACAAGAACAUUAGUCAGUACAGUAUUGACCCACUUACCCGCUAUCCCAACCUCAACCUCAGCUACUUCAAACCUAACCAGGUACAACAUCUGUAUGAUGCAGGAAGGAGCACAGCUACAGAGAAGGAUACCAGCCAGACAAAGGGGACAAUGCAACGCAGUGAUUCCUGUGUGGGUUACGAAGAGCUCCUGAGCUGGUGUCAACAGCACACGAGAAGCUAUAGGAAUGUAAAGGUCGUUGACCUGACAACGUCCUGGAAGAGUGGCUUGGCAUUGUGUGCGCUGAUUCAUCAUUUUCGGCCAGACCUUAUUAACUUUGAGAGUCUUAAAGAAGAAUCUGUUGCUGAAAACAACCAACUUGCAUUCAAUAUCGCAGAAAAAGAGUUUGGAAUCUCACCAAUAAUGACCGGGAGAGAAAUGGAAGUAGCUACCAGCCCUGACAAGCUCAGUAUGUUCAUGUACUUGACCCAGUUCAAUGAGUUCUUCAAGGACAUAUCUCCUGAGCUCCAAGAUGUCAAUAAAAGGAAGAUAAUGACCUUGUCAUCAGCCAAGUCGGCGCUCUUGUUCCUCAGUUCCCUCCGGAAAAACGUGGCAAACAAACGAAGCUCAGUGUCAGAUGCUGAAUCAGAACAAUUACUGAAGGAUGACCCAAAUGAGACUUUGACCCUGCCAUCGUCAGCACUUUCACCGCGGAAGAAUGAGAGCAGCAACUCGCAAACAAAACAAUUCCAGGAGAAGCACGAUGGGGAACCAACUAAUGUUAAAAGACAGGGCUCCUUCAGACAGGCAUCAGGCCCCAGCAGCAGUGAGGUUUGUUACUUCUGUAAGAAGCGGGUUUAUGUGGUGGAACGCUUCAGCGCCGAGGGACAGUUCUUUCACCGCGGCUGCUUCAUGUGCCACCAGUGUGGCAAAACCCUGCGGCUCGGGAACUACGCUUUCAACAGAAGAGAUGGGAAAUUCUACUGCACACUUCACUACAACGGUUUGCAUGGCUCCAAUCAGAGUAAUUUAGAGAAAACAGCUCCAAGGCUCAUAAAUGAGGAUGUUUUGGAUGAAGAAACGAUGCAGGGGAGCGCUGUGGAAAUGCGUGCAGAUCACAACCCAGCAAUGGGCAAGCAUGGAGACAUCAACUCCAAGGAUGUUUCAAAAGAUGAGAUGGACAAUGAAAAUGAAUGGGAGAGAGGCAAUGAUGAUGAAGGACCAGCACCGAUGAGAAAAUAUGAAGAAGAAGAUAUAAUUGAAGGUCUUCAAGUUGAGAAGGAAGAUGAAGAGCAAGGGGUGGAGAGCUCUAGCCAAUGCAAUGAAGAAGACCCAUUGACGGAAGAAGGUGCUCAUGAAUGUGCAGAACAUAGCAGAGUGCCUAUCAUGAGGCAUCUUACAUCACCUGGCAAGAGCCCUGCAUGGGAUACGGAUCAGGCUAUUGUAUCUCAUACUGUGGUAAAGCAGCAGUGGCCCAGCAAUGGGAUGUCCAUAACAGGUGGAUCUAACACUGACUCCAACUUUACCGCAGGAUCUGAAAGGAACUCAAUGGAUUACAAAAAACCAACCAGUGAAGCAGACAUAACAGGUUAUGGUGAACAAACACCAUUCUCAACAACUGCAUCUCCUCUCAGUGACACAAAAAACACAUCUUUCUCUACUAAAUUCCUGGGCAUUCCAUCUGGUAGCAACACUGAGAGUCUUGCUGUCUCUCAAAGGAGUUCAACUCCUGAUAAAACGUCCAAGCCGUGUCCUGAGAAUUUUGAGUCAAAUGCCACUGAGAGUCUGCUUUUGUAUCCUGCCAAACCCUUGGAUCUGGGAGAUGUCAACAGGACAAAGUAUGCUGCUGAUAGUAAAGGAGCCUUCCCAAAUGAAAGGAUAGGUGACAUACCAGAGGUUCAGCCUAAGAGCGAGAAUGUAGAGGAUACUGAAGGGAAGAUAGAAUUAAGCUGCCUUUCAAAGGAACUUGCUUUGAUGUAUUUUGACGUGAAUAAAUCAUCCAUGGAUGAGGAGGAAAGUAAUUGCAACAGCCCAAUGAAGAAACUUGGUCUUUCAGCAUCCCUCAAACGUAAGCUAGCCAGACUGAGUGUAAGCUCAGACACUGACUCAGAAAGCCAGGAAGAGAGGACACAGCCCAGAAUUCAUAUUGAUGACACGACACAAUUUGAUGAUGUGAAGCUUUGUCCGGGAAAAGGAGAAGCUUCUGCUGAUUUUGAGCCUGGGGACUCGGACAAGGAAUGGGAAAUAUUGGAUCAUCCCUCAAUAGUCCUUAGCAAAGAAGACAGCAGAAGUCUGAAAGAGCAGGAGAUAAAAAGUCAGGUGUAUUGGGACACAUCCCAGCCUGACCUGAAGGAGACACCUAGUUCAAAUUCAGCUCAACUCGCACACAGCAAGAACAAACUUGAAAACCCAAAGGCUAAACGCACAGGGGAAUUAGAACCCAAUGGAAAACCAACUGGGAAAGAUUUAGCUUCUGAAACACCAAAUAAAUCAAAAUUGAAGUUCUUCUCUUUACCCAAACCAUUUUCUCGUUUAUCGAGAAGAGAGAAGAAAAAUGAAGAAAAACGUGCAAGUUCUACUCCUCCUGUGGCAAAGGCAGAGAUACCAACAAUCCAGGUAUCAUCUGCUCAGAAGGAAGUGAAACAGUGUAAUUUGAGUGGUGAUGAACAAUCAGAUGACGAUGAAGAUGAGUCUCUUAGCGAAGAUGAGAUGAAAUCUAACACUGAGCCAAUCAAAACUGAGCUGACUCCAGAGGAGUUUGCAGCAAGGCGGCAAACGUGGAAACUGAGAACAUUUGAAAGGCGUGCGAGGCAGGAAGAAAUGGCGAGGUUUGCAAAAGCUCAGAUGAUUCAGAGGCGGUUGGAAGAGAUUGAACAGACAUUCCAUGAUUUGGAGCAGAGGGGAAUUCACCUUGAACAGGAAAUGCGUAAUAAUAAAGGUAAAAGCCAUUAUUCAGUCAAGUAG